AUGUCGACGGGGGACAGCUUUGAGACUCGGUUUGAAAAAAUCGACAACCUGCUGCGGGAUCCCAAAUCGGAAGUGAAUUCGGAUUGCUUGCUGGAUGGACUGGAUGCUUUGGUAUAUGAUUUGGAUUUUCCUGCCUUAAGAAAAAACAAAAAUAUCGACAACUUUUUAAGCAGAUAUAAAGAUACAAUAAAUAAAAUCAGAGAUUUACGCAUGAAAGCUGAAGACUAUGAAGUAGUGAAGGUGAUUGGUAGAGGUGCAUUUGGAGAAGUUCAGCUGGUAAGGCAUAAAUCUACCAGGAAAGUAUAUGCCAUGAAACUACUCAGCAAAUUUGAGAUGAUCAAGAGAUCGGAUUCUGCCUUUUUCUGGGAAGAAAGAGAUAUUAUGGCCUUUGCCAACAGCCCUUGGGUCGUUCAGCUUUUCUAUGCAUUCCAAGAUGAUCGCUAUCUCUACAUGGUGAUGGAGUACAUGCCUGGUGGAGAUCUUGUCAAUCUGAUGAGCAACUAUGACGUGCCUGAAAAAUGGGCCCGGUUUUAUACUGCAGAAGUAGUUCUUGCAUUGGAUGCAAUCCAUUCUAUGGGUUUUAUUCAUAGAGAUGUGAAGCCUGAUAACAUGCUGCUGGAUAAAUCUGGACAUUUGAAGUUAGCAGAUUUUGGUACUUGUAUGAAGAUGAAUAAGGAAGGUAUGGUACGAUGUGAUACAGCAGUUGGAACACCGGAUUAUAUUUCCCCUGAAGUAUUGAAAUCCCAAGGUGGUGAUGGUUAUUAUGGACGAGAAUGUGACUGGUGGUCAGUUGGGGUGUUUUUGUAUGAAAUGCUUGUAGGUGAUACACCUUUUUAUGCAGAUUCCCUAGUUGGGACUUACAGUAAGAUUAUGAAUCAUAAAAAUUCACUUACUUUCCCUGAUGAUAAUGACAUUUCAAAAGAAGCAAAAAAUCUUAUUUGUGCCUUCCUUACUGACAGAGAAGUGAGAUUAGGGCGAAAUGGCGUAGAUGAAAUCAAACGACAUCUCUUCUUCAAAAAUGAUCAGUGGGCUUGGGAGACACUUCGAGACACUGUAGCACCAGUUGUUCCUGAUUUAAGUAGUGACAUUGAUACAAGUAACUUUGAUGAUUUGGAAGAAGACAAGGGAGAUGAAGAAACAUUUCCUAUCCCUAAAGCUUUUGUUGGCAAUCAGCUUCCUUUUGUAGGAUUUACAUAUUACAGCAAUCGCAGAUACUUAUCUUCAGCAACUCCUAAUGAUAACAGAGGUAGUUCCAAUGUGGAUAAAAACUUGCAGGAAAGUUUGCAGAAAACAAUCUACAAAUUGGAAGAACAGCUACAUAAUGAAAUGCAGUUAAAAGAUGAAAUGGAACAGAAGUGCAGAACUUCAAACAUAAAACUAGACAAGAUAAUGAAAGAACUGGAUGAAGAGGGGAAUCAAAGGAGAAAUCUAGAAUCUACUGUAUCUCAAAUAGAAAAAGAAAAAAUGUUACUCCAGCAUAGAGUGAGUGAGUAUCAAAGAAAAGCUGAACAGGAAAAUGAAAAGAGGAGGAAUGUAGAAAAUGAAGUUUCUACAUUAAAAGAUCAGUUGGAAGAUUUAAAGAAAGUAAGUCAGAACUCACAGCUUGCAAAUGAGAAGUUGACACAAUUACAAAAGCAGCUAGAAGAAGCAAAUGACUUACUUAGAACAGAAUCAGACACAGCUGUAAGAUUAAGGAAGAGUCACACAGAAAUGAGCAAGUCAAUUACUCAGCUAGAGUCCCUGAACAGAGAAUUACAGGAAAGAAAUAGAAUCUUAGAGAAUUCCAAGACCCAAAUGGACAAAGAUUAUUACCAGUUGCAAGCUGUACUGGAAGCUGAACGAAGAGACCGAGGCCGUGAUUCUGAGAUGAUUGGAGAUCUUCAAGCUCGAAUUACAUCUUUACAAGAGGAGGUAAAGCAUCUCAAAAACAAUCUUGAAAGAAUGGAAGGAGAACGAAAAGAGGCUCAAGACAUGCUUAGUCAUUCAGAAAAGGAAAAAAAUAAUCUAGAGAUAGAUUUAAACUACAAGCUUAAAUCAUUACAACAACGAUUAGAACAAGAAGUAAAUGAACAUAAAGUAACCAAAGCUCGUUUAACUGACAAGCAUCAGUCUAUUGAAGAAGCCAAGUCUGUUGCAAUGUGUGAGAUGGAAAAAAAGCUAAAGGAAGAGAGAGAAGCUAGAGAGAAGGCUGAAAAUAGAGUUGUUCAUAUUGAAAAACAGUGUUCCAUGCUAGAUGUUGAUCUGAAGCAAUCCCAGCAGAAGCUGGAGCAUUUGACUGAAAAUAAGGAAAGGAUGGAGGAUGAAGUUAAGAAUCUAACGCUACUAUUAGAGCAAGAAUCAAACAAGCGACUGCUGUUCCAAAAUGAACUAAAGACUCAAGCUUUUGAAGCAGACAACUUAAAAGGUUUAGAGAAGCAGAUGAAACAGGAAAUAAAUACUUUAUUGGAAGCAAAGAGAUUAUUAGAAUUUGAGUUAGCUCAGCUUACAAAACAAUACAGAGGAAAUGAAGGACAGAUGAGGGAGCUACAAGAUCAGCUUGAAGCUGAGCAGUAUUUCUCGACUCUUUAUAAAACCCAAGUAAAGGAACUUAAGGAAGAAAUUGAAGAAAAGAACAGAGAAAAUUUAAAGAAAAUACAAGAACUACAAAAUGAAAAAGAAACUCUUGCUACUCAGUUGGAUCUGGCAGAAACGAAGGCUGAAUCUGAGCAGUUGGCUCGAGGGCUUCUGGAAGAGCAGUAUUUUGAAUUGACCCAAGAAAGCAAGAAAGCUGCUUCAAGAAAUAGACAGGAGAUUACAGAUAAAGAUCACGCUGUUAGUCGGCUAGAAGAAAUGAACAACAUGCUAACCAAGGACAUUGAAUUGUUAAGAAAAGAAAAUGAAGAGAUAACUGAAAGCAUGAAGAAGGCAGAGGAAGAAUAUAAGUUAAAGAAGGAAGAGGAGAUAAGCAAUCUUAAAGCCACCUUUGAAAAGAAUAUCAGUACAGAGCGUACACUUAAAACUCAGGCUGUUAACAAGCUGGCAGAAAUAAUGAAUCGAAAAGAUUUUAAAAUUGAUAGAAAGAAAGCAAAUACACAAGACUUACGGAAGAAGGAAAAGGAAAAUCGAAAACUGCAACUAGAACUCAACCAGGAAAGAGAGAAAUUCAAUCAGAUGGUAGUGAAGCAUCAGAAGGAACUGAAUGAAAUGCAGGCGCAAUUAGUAGAAGAAUGUGCACAUAAGAAUGAGCUACAGAUGCAGUUGGCUAGCAAGGAAAGUGAUAUUGAGCAGUUGCGGGCUAAACUUUUAGAUCUUUCGGAUUCUACAAGUGUUGCUAGUUUUCCCAGUGCUGAUGAAACUGAUGGCAGCCUUCCAGAGUCAAGAAUUGAAGGUUGGCUUUCAAUACCAAAUAGAGGAAAUAUCAAACGAUAUGGCUGGAAAAAACAGUAUGUUGUGGUAAGCAGCAAAAAGAUUUUGUUCUAUAAUGAUGAACAAGAAAAGGAACAAUCCAACCCAUGUAUGGUAUUAGACAUAGAUAAACUGUUUCAUGUUCGACCUGUAACCCAAGGAGAUGUGUAUAGAGCUGAAACUGAAGAAAUUCCCAAGAUAUUCCAGAUACUGUAUGCAAACGAAGGUGAAUGUAGAAAAGAAGUAGAGAUGGAACCAGUACAACAAGCUGAAAGAACUAAUUUUCAAAAUCACAAAGGCCAUGAGUUCAUUCCAACACUCUACCACUUUCCAGCCAACUGUGAGGCAUGUGCCAAACCUCUCUGGCAUGUUUUUAAGCCACCUCCUGCCCUAGAAUGUCGAAGAUGCCAUGUUAAGUGUCACAGAGAUCACUUAGAUAAGAAAGAGGAUUUGAUUUCUCCUUGUAAAGUAAGUUAUGAUGUAACAUCAGCAAGAGAUAUGCUGCUGUUAGCAUGUUCUCAGGAUGAACAAAAGAAAUGGGUAACUCAUUUAGUGAAGAAAAUUCCUAAGAAUCCACCAUCUGGUUUUGUUCGUGCAUCUCCUCGAACACUUUCUACAAGAUCUGCUGCAAACCAGUCAUUCAGGAAAGUGGUCAAAAAUACAUCAGGAAAACCUAGGUACAGAUUAAAAUACUAA